UCCCACAUGCCGGCUGGUCUGGACUGAACAGCCUUUGUUUUCACGAUUUUGGCACCAACUACCAACUGCAUCCAUCGCGGACGUGACUGGCAAGAGGAAACCAGAACCUGACCAGCUAAAAUCCCAGCCGGCGACAUCCCGCGCCCGCUCCCGACUUUCCAAAAUUCCAGUUUCCAGUUGCAGCAGCGCUUUUGUUUCCAGUUCAGUGACGCCCCAUCUGCCGAUCGACCAAGUCGCAUCCAAGUCAUCAUGGGUAUCGAAAAAAUGCUUCCCUGUACUCUACGUCUGAACAAGUUGAUGAGCCGCACAGGCAGCGAUUGUCUGUGCAUCAUCGAUCGUGAGGCUGUGCCCAAUGAGCUGAAGGAUACCUUCGAGCAGCAUCGCUGCUUUGACAAGUCCUUUGACAGCAGCAUCUCAUGCUUUAAGGCACCCAAUGUGGACCAACCGGUGGUCUACGCACCCGUUCCUGAGCUCACCGACUAUGAUGAUGUGAGGAGCUACCAGGCGGCGGCCAAGAAGUCCAUGCAGAAGGUGCUCAAGGCUGGUUUCCAGACCCCUUUACUGUAUGUGCCCAAGGUCAAGCGUUUCCCCCAGGCCGAACUAUGCACCGUUCUCGGUGCUUUGGAGGAGCUCUAUGUGCCCAUUCAACUGCGCGAAGCUGGAGCUCCCAAGGAUACUCGGGUGACUACGCUAAGUAUCGAGAUCGAUGAUCCCCAGGCGGAUGAGAUUCUCAAGGAAGCUCUAAUCCUGGAGGCUGGUCGUUAUGUGGCUCGUGACAUUGGUGUCGGAGAUCCGGAGCGCAUGACCCCCAUCCAAGUGGAAAAGUACAUCAAACCCUUGUUCGACAAGCUGUCCGUGACUGUGAUAAGUGAUUUGAAGAUCCUGCAAAAGGAAUAUCCACUUUUUGCGGCUGUUAACCGGGCAGCUGAAGCUGUCGAGCGUCACCGUGGUCGCAUUAUCUUCCUGGAAUACAAGCCCCCAAAGCCGGCUAGGAAGACCCUGAUGCUUGUGGGCAAGGGUGUGACCUAUGACACCGGUGGUGCUGACAUCAAGGCCGGUGGUGUGAUGGCUGGUAUGUCGCGAGACAAGUGUGGAGCAGCCGCUGCCGCUGGAUUCAUGCAGGUGGUCAAUGAGCUCCAGCCGGACGAUAUCCAUGUGGUGGCUGCCCUGUGCAUGGUUCGCAAUUCCGUUGGCGAGGAGUGCUAUGUGGCCGAUGAGAUAAUCACAUCGCGUGCCGGGCUUCACGUAAGGAUUGGCAACACCGAUGCCGAGGGCAGGAUGUGCAUGACCGAUGCCCUGUGCCGCAUGAAGGAGAUGGUUGUGGAAAAGAAUCUGCCAGAUCCACAUAUCUUUACCAUUGCCACAUUGACGGGUCAUGCCUUCAUAUCGGCUGGCGAGGGUCAAUCGAUUGCCAUUGACAAUAGUGUGGCCCACCGGGAGGAUCAUGCCAGGAGACUUCAGGCUGCUGGUCAGGCCUUUGGUGAACCCUUUGAGGUCUCAGUGCUGCGUCCCAGUGACUUUGCCUUCAAUGCCGGCAGAGUAAUUGGUGAGGAUCUGGUUCAGGCCAAUAAUGCACCAUCGGUGAAGACACCUCGUGGCCACCAGGUGCCUGCAGCCUUUAUGAUCAUGGCUUCCGGAUUGGACAAGCAUGGCUUGGACUCGAAUAUGCCGAUCAAGUAUACGCAUAUUGAUAUUGCCGGCAGUGCCGGUGAGCAUCCAGCAAUGCCCACAGCUGCCCCUCUGGUUGCUCUUGUCAAGACCCAUUUGCAAAAGUAAAAACUGUAUCGAUCUUUGGAAUUAUUUGUGGAGACCAACCACCAUUUCAGAGACAAUUAUACGAGUACUUAGACACUUAAAUGCAUAGCUAACCAACAAUAUUCUCCUUCUGUCCACUUGCAGCAUCACUGGUCAAAAUAAAUGUAUAAUCAUUGAAGA